CCUUCAAGCAAUUCAAGUUUUAGCAGAUUGAAAGUCGAGAAAGACGAUUUUUCCGGAAAAAUCGAAUAAUUUAUCGUUUUAACAGGCAAUUAUUGUUGUAAAAAUCAAUUUUUUGUGAGUUUUUCAUCGAAAUGGGCGUCGAAAAGGUCUCAACUGCUGAUGAAUACAACAAAUCCAUCGGAAAUCCGAAUGUUUGUGUUCUCUUCUCCGCCGAUUGGGCUGAACAAUGUGCCCAAAUCAAAGAUGCAAUGACGACACUUUCCGCGCAACUGCCUUCCAUGAAGUUUGUUGAAGUUCCCGCUGAAGAACUUUCCGAUAUCUCGUUGAAACAUCAAGUUGAAGCGGUGCCCACGGUAAUUUUCUUCCAAAAUGGCAAAGCAGUUGAUCGAAUUGACGGCAUCGAUAUCGUGGGGCUCACGACAAAAUGCAAAAACCUCGUUGGCGUCGCCGAAGAAACGAAAGACAAGCUCGAGGAACGUCUCAAAAUGCUCAUUAAUAAGGCAAAAGUGAUGAUUUUCAUGAAAGGCGAUCGCAAUAUGCCUCGUUGCGGAUUUUCGAAGCAGCUAAUUGCGAUAAUUAACGACACAAAAGUUGCUUACGAGACUUUUGACAUUUUGACGGAUGAAGCGGUGCGACAAGGACUCAAAACGUACAGCGAUUGGCCUACUUAUCCCCAAGUUUAUGUGAAUGGAGAACUAAUUGGAGGAUUAGAUAUUAUCAAAGAGUUGUUGGCUAAUGGAGAACUCACUCAAACGCUCAAUGGUUAAAUUUUGGAUGAUGGGAAAUCGCUUGUUUUUAUUCUGCUGAAAAUAAUUUUUCAUGAUUUUUAGUUAAAUUAAAUAAAAUUUUCAAUAAAAAAAAUUAUUGGUUGUAAAAAAAGUUAAAAAAAUUUUUUUUAAGCUUUCAAUUGUAGAAAAAAAAAAUAAAAUUA